GGGCUGGGAGCAGCCUGGGAUAGUGGAAGGUGUCCCUGCUCAGGGCAGGGGGUGGAAUGAGAUUGGCUUUAAGUCCCUUCCAGCCCAAACCACGGGACUCCACGGAUGUGCUGCUUAGGUUCUUUAGGUGGCUGUAGCAUGUAGUCACAGGGAAUGAAGGUAUGAGAUGCAUAAGCAGCUAAAACUAAAGCAUUUCAUUCUUUGCCUUCUUUCCAAUUUGUUUGUGCCUCUUGUGUCCUCAUUUUCCAUCCCUCUGGAGGACCCUUUGUGCCUGAUUGGGCACCACCACGAAAUCUGGGCUCCCCUGUGUGGCCAGCUUUCCCCCAGGAACAUCUGGGACCAGCUGCCUCUGGGCAGAAUUUUGGUCCCUCCUGAUAGCUGACAAGUGUGAAAGCAGGUAUUGGUAGGCUGUGGUGGCCAACAGGUUUUUGGUGAAUUGAAUUUAUUAUAUUUAUUUCUUAUCACCUUUAAGACAGUUUUUUACCUUAUUUAGAUCAAGAAGACUUGAUAUCUCUAAACAGGCUGCAUUUCAGUCAACUCAGACAGGGGGUUUAAUAGGUCUGUCCUUCCUGUCUCUGUGUUCUGGAUUUAGUUCUAAAAUUCAAGUUUCCUCCCAUAUUUGGGAGGUGAAGGCAGGCUUAUGAUGUGGUUUACAUGAGUAUGUUUACUUGUGUUGGGGGACAGUCUAAUAAUCUGUGAGUAACACUGUUUAUAUGACAAAUCACUCCCAUGCAAUUAUAAUCAGAAGGAGAAAAUACUUUUAUUUUCAGUCUCUGGAGACACAGGCAGAAGUUUUCAUUCACAUGGCAGCAGCAAACUCUUCUCCACCUGGUUCUCUGGAUCUAAACCAGCCUGGGUUUGCAAAGGAGAUCUUGGGAACUAAACUGGAGGUCAAAUACUUGUGCUCUGAUUGCAAGAACAUCCUCAGGCGGCCGUUCCAGGCACAGUGUGGCCAUCGCUACUGCUCCUACUGCCUGAAGAAAAUCAUCAGUGCGGGACCUCAAAAGUGUGCCAGCUGUAUCCAGGAAGGAAUAUAUGAAGAAGGAAUUUCUAUUUUGGAAACAAGCUCGGCUUUCCCAGACAACGCGGCGCGGCGGGAAGUGGAGAGUCUGCCUGCUGUCUGCAUCAACAGUGGCUGCACCUGGAAGGGAACCAUCAAAGAGUACGAGGCUCAUAAUGAAGUCUGCCCUGAAUUCCCGCUGACUUGUGAAGGCUGUGGGAAGAAGAUUCCCAGGGAGAAGUUUCGGGACCAUGUGAAGACGUGCGGCAGAUCCAAAGUACCUUGCCGGUUUGAGGCUGUGGGCUGUGCUGAGGUGGUGGAAAAUGAAAAGCUCCCCGAACAUGAAAGGAAGUGUUUGGCAGAGCAUCUCUACAUGCUUCUGAGCUCUGUGCUCAGCCUCAGGACUGGUGCUGGGGACCUGAAACCCCUUCCUGUCCCUUCCUCAUCACAAAACAGCUCCCCACUUCUGGCAGCAAACUCACUGUGCUCGGAGUCGGAGCUCUCCCGGUCCCUGGAGCUCUUGGGAAGGUGUGAGGCCCUUGAGAGGAAAACAGUUACCUUUGAGAACAUUGUCUGUGUGCUUAACCGGGAGGUGGAGAGAGUGUCCCUGACAGCUGAAGCUUACAGUCGCCAGCACCGGCUGGACCAGGAGAAAAUCGAAACUCUCAGCAACAAGGUCCGGCAGCUGGAGAGGAGCAUUGGGCUUAAAGACCUGGCCAUGGCUGAGAUGGAGGAGAAGAUCCGCAACAUGGAGGCUUCCACCUACGAUGGGGUUUUCAUCUGGAAGAUAACAGAGUUUGCCCGGAAGCGUCAGGAGGCGAUAACAGGCCGCUCUCCUGCCAUCUUCUCUCCAGCUUUCUACACCAGCAAGUACGGCUACAAGAUGUGUCUGCGCGUGUACCUGAACGGGGACGGCACCGGCCGCGGGACCCACCUGUCCUUGUUUUUUGUGGUGAUGAAGGGACCUAACGACGCACUGCUGCGGUGGCCCUUUAACCAGAAGGUCACCCUGAUGCUUUUGGACCAGAAUAACCGGGAGCACAUCAUCGAUGCCUUCCGCCCUGAUGUGACGUCCUCAUCCUUCCAGCGCCCUGUCACAGAGAUGAACAUCGCCAGUGGCUGCCCCCUCUUCUGCCCUGUGUCUGUCAUGGAAGCCAAGAACUCCUACGUGCGUGAUGAUGCCAUCUUUAUUAAAGCCAUCGUUGAUCUCACAGGCCUCUAACCCUCCUGACCUUGGAGCAGUGAGCAUGGAGCCAGCACUGCCCAGGGCAUCUCCCGCUUGUGCUGCACUUCAGGCGGGUCUCAGAGCAAGAGGAGCGGGCACAGAGAGGGGAAAAGCCCUUCCUGAAAAGAGACCUUUGCUCUGAGUGGAAAUGAGGUGUCUGAUGGGAGCCCUCUUUCCUGAGGAGAGGGCUGGGUGGACACUGGCAGGCUGUGGAAUAUGGAAGAUUCCCUGCAGGGACUUGGAUGUCUGAACUGCUGCUGUCUGGACUCCAGUGGAAACCAGUGCAGCUCUUGCUCUACCAGUUUAGCUGACAUCCACAGCUCUCUGUAGUAAAGAAGCAGUUUUCCCUGCCUGAGCUCCACCUCCUGUGGAUUUUGGCUCAGCUGUCUAG